CAUGGUUUCCUUCUGGUUACAGAGUGUACACAUGGAGAUGGACCUCCAGGGCGUCUUCUUCUCAGACCUCACUGGAGACUCCUGCCAUGUCCUUGGCAGCUACAUCGGCCUUCUGCUGGACUCCAUCCUCUACUUCCUCCUCACAUUGUACUUUGACAAGAUUCUAGCAGAUAAAUAUGGCAUGAAGUUCGAGCCGUACUUCUUCCUCUGCCGCUCUUACUGGUCAAAAACGAAAAUGACCCCAAUACCACUGGACACGUUAGAAAGAGAAAGGGCAGACACUGAAGAUUAUGUCGAAAAAGUUCCGGUUGAACUCAUAGGAAAAGAGGCAAUCAGGCUUUAUAAAAUUAAGAAAAUCUACAGUGGCAAAGACAAGAAGACGGAAGCUUUAAGAGAUCUGGAUUUGGACAUAUAUAAAGGACAAAUUACGGCACUACUUGGUCACAGUGGAGCUGGGAAGACGACAUUGCUGAAUAUACUGAGCGGAAUGAGCAGAAUGUCUGGGGGCUCGGCCUCCAUCUACAACCAUCAGCAUUCAGACAUUCACAACCUGCAGGAGAUACAGAGGAGAAUCGGGUUUUGUCCGCAGUUUGAUGUCAAGUUUGAUCAUUUAACCGUGAGAGAAAAUCUGGAAGUGUUCUGCAGGAUCAAGGGGAUCGCUCCGGGAGAAGUGAUGUCAGAGGUAAAGUCUAUACAUAUAUGUGUGAUGUGUAUAUAUAGUCAGAGAAUAUAUGUGUGAUGUGUAUAUAUAGUCAGAGAAUAUAGGUGUGAUGUGUAUAUAUAGUCAGAGAAUAUAU